UUUCCUGACACCCGCGAGUGGAGGAGCGCUGUUGUUCUUGCUGCUUUCUUCACUUUUACCGUGUUUUUUGUUGUUGUUGUUGUUGUUGUUGUUGUCCUCACCAAGUGGACCGAACUAAAGAAAACAUGUGGACUUCACGUCCACCCAAAGAGCAGGCGCGCCCGCGUCCGGGCUGCCGCGGCUGCUGAGCAUGCUGGCCAAGGCUCCGCCUUCGACCAGCAGACUCGAUCUGGUGAACGCCGAAAGUUCGGACGCAGCGGUGACUGACGGAAUCGGGAUGGCCGACUUCGUGGAGAGCUUGGAUGCCCGGGAGUUAGACAUCGACGAUGGGGAGGAGGUGGACUACGAGGGAAACUGCCUGGAGGACUGCCGCAUCCCGUUCUCGGCCGUGUACGCCACGGUGGGCUUCAAAGAGGCCGACGCCGAGGUCUUCCUUCCCACGGUGCCCAUCACCGCCCGCAUCCUGGAGGUGGAACGCUUCACGUCGGCGCAGGAUCGCUUCAACCUGUCGCAGCACAGGAGCGUCAAUAAGUCUCUGCCCGCCGUGUUCAAGAUCGAGAUGAAGCACGGCGAGUUCACGUGGGUGGUGAAGAGGAAGGAGAAGCACUUUAUGGAGCUGCACCGAGAGCUGAGGACGUACAAAACCUUCAUGAGGAUACCGCUGCCGUCGCGCAGCCACACGGUGAAAAGGAGGACGGUGAGGAAGAGCGAGGUGAGGGAGAUGCCCUCGCUGCCCAGGGGCGGAGGAGACGAGCUGGUGCGAGACGAGCAGGUGUCCAGCAGGCGGAGACAAUUGGAGGACUAUUUGAACAAGCUGCUGAAGAUGGCUUUGUAUCUCAAAUAUCACCACACUAUGGAGUUCAUUGACGUCAGCCAGCUGUCUUUCAUUCACGACCUGGGCCCCAAAGGACUGGAAGGGAUGAUACACAAGCGCUCCGGGGGCCAUCGUAUCCCCGGCAUGAACUGCUGUGGUCACACACAAGCCUGCUACCGCUGGUCCAAACGGUGGCUGGUGGUGAAGGACUCGUUCCUGCUGUACAUGAAGCCCGACUCGGGGGCCAUCUCCUUUGUGCUGCUGGUGGACAAAGAGUUCAGCAUCAAGAUGGACUCCAAAGACACCGAGACCAAGCACGGGGUCAGGAUUGACAGUCUUUCCAGGACGCUGGUGUUCAAAUGCAGCAGCUACCGACACGCCCGCUGGUGGGGUCAGAGCAUCGAGAGCUUCGUCAGGAAUCACGGCAAGGCCUUCCUGCGGGCUCACCGCUUCGGCUCCUUUGCGCAGGAGCAGGAAAACAUUCCUGCCAAAUGGUACGUGAACGGAAAGACUUACAUGGAGGACGUGGCUGAUGCGUUGGAAGAGGCCAGAGAGGAAAUCUUCAUUACCGACUGGUGGCUGAGUCCAGAGAUCUUCCUGAAGAGACCUGUGGUGGAGGGAAACCGCUGGAGGCUGGACUGCAUCCUCAGGCGUAAAGCUCAACAAGGAGUGCGUGUCUUUGUGAUGCUGUACAAGGAAGUGGAGCUGGCAUUGGGCAUCAACUCGGGCUACAGCAAGAGAACCCUCAUGCACCUACACCCCAACAUCAAGGUGAUGCGCCACCCGGAUCACGUGUCCUCCUCCGUCUACCUGUGGGCGCAUCACGAGAAGAUCGUCGUCGUCGACCAAUCGGCGGCCUUCGUGGGCGGGAUCGACCUGGCGUACGGUCGUUGGGACGACCGGGAGCACCGGCUGACGGACGUCGGCAGCGUGACGCGCUCCGUGGCGCUCGAACAGGGUCACAACGUGGCCAUCAUACAACCUUUAUCAGCUGUACAGGCCGCUUCUGCCAACGCUCCGUCCAGCAAGGCGGCGCCCCCUGUCGACGGCGUGUCGCGCAGCAACGGACGCGGGACGCCCACCGGAGACCCCGUGGACCUGCCCAAGCUGAAGGGCGUCGGCCGCAGCCGGCGCGCUCGCUUCAGCUUGUACCGACACCUGCACAAGCACACCAUGCAGCACGCAGACAGCGUCAGCAGCGUGGACAGCUCGGGGAGUGGCUCGGUGCGAAGCCUCAAAACGGGUGUGGGAGAGUUGCAGGGAAACACUCGCUUCUGGCAUGGAAAAGACUACUGCAACUUUGUCUACAGGGACUGGAUUCAGCUGGAAAAACCUUUUGACGACUUCAUCGACAGGUACACAACUCCCAGAAUGCCGUGGCAUGACAUCGCCUCGGUGGUGCACGGCAGAGCUGCUCGUGACGUGGCGCGCCACUUCAUUCAGCGUUGGAACUUCACCAAGAUCAUGAAGCCAAAGUACCGUUCCCUGUCUUAUCCAUUCCUGCUGCCAAAGUCUCACUCCGGCGCCACUGAGCUCAGAUACCAAGUGCCCGACUGUGUGCAUGCCAAAGUGCAGGUUUUGCGGUCAUCGGCCGAUUGGUCGGCCGGCAUAAAGUACCACGAGGAGUCCAUCCACAACGCAUACAUCCAAGUCAUAGCCAAGAGCAAACACUACAUCUACAUUGAGAACCAGUUCUUCAUCAGCUGUGCUGACAACCGGAUGGUGUACAACAAGAUCGGAGACGCCAUCAUCGAGAGGAUCCUCAGAGCGCACAAGGAGGGCAGGAAGUAUCGCGUGUACGUGGUGACCCCCCUGCUCCCCGGCUUCGAGGGGGACAUCACCACCGGCGGGGGAAACGCCAUCCAGGCCGUCAUGCACUUCAAUUACAGAACUAUGAUCCGAGGGGACUACUCCAUCAUUUCCCAGCUGAAGAAGGAGAUGGACGACCAUUGGAUGAACUACAUCUCCUUCGCCGGCCUGCGGACGCACGCCGAGCUGGAGGGCCGCCUGGUGACGGAGCUCAUCUACGUGCACAGCAAGAUGCUCAUCGCCGACGACAAUACCGUCAUCAUCGGCUCGGCCAACAUCAACGACAGGAGCAUGCUGGGUAAGCGCGACAGCGAGGUGGCGGUCAUCGUGGAAGACGCGGAAAAGGUGGCUUCGGUGAUGGACGGACGCGAGUUCGAGGCCGGCCCGUAUGCUCUUGGGCUGCGUCUGGAGUGCUUUAGAACGAUCCUCGGCGGGCACAGCGACGCCGCCAUCGAUCUCUCUGACCCCAUCAGCGACCGCUUCUAUAAGGAGGUGUGGAUGACCACGGCCGGCCGCAACGCCACCAUUUACGAGAAGGUGUUCCGCUGCCUUCCCUCCUCGCUGGUGCGCAACAUGUCCGAGCUGGAGCGAUACCAGUCGAAGCCCGGCCUGGCCCAGACCGACCUGAGCCGCGCUCGGGAGGAGCUGCGCAAGAUCCGCGGCUUCCUGGUGCAGUUUCCUCUCGACUUCCUGUCGGAGCACAACCUCAUGCCCUCGGUCGGAACCAAGGAAGCCAUGGUGCCCACCGAGAUAUGGACGUAGGACUUUUAAAAGCCGGGUACUGGGACACUAUCUAGCGUUUGCAGCGUUAUUCAAGUGGAACAAAUGGGACGGCACUUCCUGAGAAGCAAUGUUUCAACAAAGGGACCAGCUCCUAUUUUAAAUGCAACCCGUAUUACGCUGAGAUGGCAAUGCAUGCGUAAGCGCAUCGUGUGCAUUAGGUUGCGUAUGUGCUUCUUGGAGACAGAUACUCUAAUAUACACCAUGGGUGGGAACCAUGAGGCUGAGAUCGUUUAGCAUUGCACAUCUGUCUUGUGUAUGUGGCUACAAUUUGCUAGCAGAAUCUCUAGAAUUAGUUGUGCUUUUGAAGGAGCCGUGGAAAUGGCCAAAAUGACCCCAAAUUAGCCGCUUGGAACCAAAAUGGCAGACUUCCUGUGUCUUUUCCGGCACGGGAUCUUGAGACUUUUUUGCGGGCUUACUCAUGGUAGACAUGCCUACGCAAUUCCUUGUUGCAAAGUGAACCUGGCUGUGAGACGUUGUGCAGUUAUUCGUUUCUUGUUUUAUGGCGAGUCAUCAAACUUCAGGCCUUGUUCCGCCCACAUGCAAUGGCGAAAUCUCAAAAUGUUCGCAAUGCGGCGUCGCCCAACUUUGUCGUCGACAACGUUCAAAUGCGGUAGCGAUCAGAAAAGGAAAUAUCACGCGGGCAAGGUUGUUACUUUUGAAGGAGCCCUGAAAAUGGUGACGAUGAGCCUGAAAUGGCCACUUUGAACCAAAAUGGCGGACUCCCUUUGUCUUUUCAGGCAUGGCUUCUUGAGACUUUUUUGUAGGUGUACUCGUGACAGACAUGCUUACCAAAUUUCAUGUUGCCAAAUGAAUCGGGCGUUUGGGGCUGAAUUUUCAAAAACGUUCAGAGGGGUCAAGCCCUUCAAAAACAACAACAACAACAUUUGAGCACAUAACUGUUAUUUAAGCCACUAUAAUAGAAAGGUUUUAUGUACUGUAUCCUAAUUUAUGACGUCAUAGCUGCGACGUCAUCCUGCUGAAAGCGCGGUAACAUCCCAGUCAGGAGAGACAAUCUUUCCGCGUGUAAUUCCAUGAUUUGCUCUGCAGGUGGUGCUGGUUUCUUACAAGUCCAGAUUGUGCACUUGUUUUUGUUUGUUUGUUUGUUUGUUUUUUGUCCAAAACUCCCCUUCAGAAUUUUUAUUUCAUAUUCUAAGAAAAUGCCCCCUUUUAAUUGACCCAUUUAAUUGUUAUAUAUAUAUUUGUAUUAAUGCUGUGGAAGGCAAUUUUGUACUGAAACGUAACAUUUCAUACCAGAGCGAUCAGCCAUUUUCCAAUGUGAAUGUUGAGAACCACUCUUGUUAUUUUCCAAUAUUAGCAGCUGGAACUUAAAUGUAUAAAUAUAUACGGUAUACGUCUGCUUUGAAGAUGCUGGAAAUUCAUUAUUCACACAGGUAACAAUAAUUUACACCCGUAAUUUCUUGACUGGGACCAUCGACUUUAUAGUUUUCCAAUCUUUAGUUUUGCAUUGUACAGUUUUACCCGUCCUGUAGUCUGAACUGUAUUUACAUAUGACGGUAAUAAUACUUAUUUACGGAGAGUCAGCUGCUUGGGAUAAAUUGAAAUUUAUAUGAUGUAACAACCACAACUGUGUCUAACUUGAGUCUUUCUUCCGCUCUUAAUGGUUUUGUACAGUCACAUGUCUAAUCUGUUCAAUUCACUGUACUAACUUUAACCGGAUGACCAAUAAAAAUAAUCACUUGUUCACA